AUGUACGGCGUCAACCAGGCGCAGGUGCAGCGCUACGUGGCCUGCAGGAGCGAGAGGGAGGCCAAGCUGGCCCUGCUGGUCAAUCAAGCGGGGCUCGUGUGCAUCGUGGCCAGCGCUGUGGCCUGCGGGCUCGUCAUGUUCGCGCUCUAUCGCCACUGUGACCCGCUGCUGGCCGGGGCCAUCGCCGCGCCCGACCAGUACAUGCCCUACCUGGUCCUGGACAUCUUCGAGAGCGCCCCGGGCGUGCCGGGGCUGUUCCUGGCCUGCGCCUACAGCGGCACCCUCAGCACGGCCUCGACCUCCAUCAACGCCAUGGCCGCGGUGACCGUGGAGGAUCUGGUGAGGCCGCGGCUGCCCGCGCUCAGCCCGCGGAGGCUGGCGCUGAUCGGCAAGGGGCUCUCUCUCACCUACGGCACCUCGUGCAUCACCGUGGCCGCUCUGUCCUCGCUGCUGGGAGGGGGCGUCCUGCAGGGCUCGUUCACGGUGAUGGGGGUGAUCAGCGGGCCCCUGCUCGGAGCCUUCGUGCUGGGAAUGUUCGUGCCCCGCUGCGGCAGCGCCGCCGUGCUGGGGGGUCUGGCCGUGGGCCUGGCACUGUCCCUGUGGGUGGCCGUUGGUGCCACCCUGUACCCGCCCAGCGCGGCCACCAUGGGGGUGCUGCCAACCUCGGGGACAAUGUGUCCGCCCCGCAACGCCACCAAUGUCACCAACGUCACCAAUGUCACCAACGUCACCAAUGUCACCAACGUCACCAGCGUCACCGCCCUGCCCGCGCCACCGCCGGACCCGCUGCGCCCGGCCAUCCUGGCUGAGUUCUACUCCAUGUCCUACCUGUACUACGGCGCCUUGGGGACACUGGGGACCGUGGGGACAGGGGCCCUGCUCAGCCUCCUGCCAGGGCCAGCCCGGCAGAGCCACCGUCCCCAGGGUGUGCUGUGGUGUGACAUCGUCAAGGCCACACCCUCGGGUGUCCCCAAGGGUGACAACAGCCCCCAGGACGAGCCCCCGGACAAGGCCGGAGCCACCCAGGCGCUGCUGGAGAGGCCGGACGGGGAGGGGACACCCCCGUGUGACACCCCCAGGGAUGGCACUGUCACCGAGAGCGACGUCCCCGCCCACCCGUCUGACAGCGACCCCGCCCACCCCUCAGGAGCCCCUCUGGGCGCCGCCAUCUUUGAACCGGGCAGGUCCUCGCCGGGGGCGGCCAUUGUGCCAAUUCCCCGCGGAUUUUUUUCCUCCAGCUCCGCCCUGAUCGGGGAUCUCCUCCCAUCCCUCCGUUCCCUCCGCUCCCUCCGCUCCCUCCUCCGCCGCUCCCUCAAAGCAGCGGCAAAGCCGUGCCAAACCGUGCCCUCAACAAACAUGGCGGCGGCGGCGCCCCGCCCGCUCCCGCCAUUGCUGCGGCCGCGCGCGGUGAUGACGCAAGAGGCGCGCGACGGCCGGGGCGGCGGGGCCCGGUAG